UAUUUUCCAAUACACGUGCAUUACAUCAGCGAAGAAAUUUCAACUAGAAUCUUUUAAAAUGUCGUGGCUGUUUGGGAUAAAGAAGGAUCAGCCUCUGGCAGAGGCCCCACAACUUCCAGUUUUACAAGAUGGAGGGGCAGCAGCUCCAACAGGAGGAGGGAAAGAGGGAAAAGGGGAUAGUGGAAAAGGAGGAGGAAAAGGAGGUGGCUACGACAACUUCAGCAACUUCGAUCCGUCGGGCCUGGAGCGGGCGGCCAAGGCUGCCCGGGAGCUCGAUUUGUCGGCCAAUGCUAGAGGAGCAUUAGACCUGGCUAAGAUGCAAGAACAGACUAAGCAGAUGGAGCAGCAAACAAAGAUCAAGGAGUAUGAAGGAGCUGUGGAGCAGAUGAAGCUGGAUCAGUCUAGGGUCCAGCAAGAGGAGAAGAGAAAGACCAUGUCCCAGGAGACCCAGGAACAUCAAAGGAGGGCUCAGUACCAGGACCAGCUAGCAAGGAAAAGAUAUGAUGAUCAGUUAUCGCAACAGAAAAGGAUGAAUGAAGAUAACCUUGCCAAGCAGGAGGAGUCUGUCAGGAAGCAGGAGUCUAUGAAACGAUCAUCGAUGGAUUAUGAAGCAGAAUUGAGGUUAAAGAACGACAUGAAGAAGAUCGAAGCCGAAUUGAGAGGGAAAGCUCAGAUAGAGAGAGAAAAUAAAGAUAUUAGGAAGGAUCAGAUCAGGCUUGAAGCAGCAGAGUACAGGGAAACAGUACUGCAGUCAAUCAAAACGGCAGGAAAUAUUCUUGGAGAAGGUUUCAGAAGUUUUAUAUCUGACUGGGAUAGAGUAACUGCCACCGCAGCAGGAGUAACGUUACUAGCCCUCGGUGUGUAUUCAGCCAAGAUGGGAACGGGCGUCGGUGCCCGGUACAUCGAGGCCCGUCUAGGCAAGCCGUCGUUGGUCAGAGAAACGUCGAGACUCACGCCGAUCGAAGCCGUCCGUCAUCCCAUCCAAGUGACCAAAAGGAUCUUCAACAAUCCCAAGGAUGCUCUAGCAGGUGUUGUAUUAGAGCCAAAGCUUGAGGAGCGUCUUCGGGAGAUCGCCAUAACAACUAGGAAUACCAAAGCAAACAAAGGCAUGUACAGGAAUAUACUCAUGCACGGACCACCAGGUACCGGCAAGACUCUCUUUGCCAAGAAACUUGCCAUGCAUUCAGGGAUGGACUUUGCCAUUAUGACAGGAGGUGAUGUAGCCCCCAUGGGGAAGGAGGGAGUCAGUUCAAUACAUAAAUUAUUUGACUGGGCUUCUACAAGCAGAAGAGGAUUACUACUGUUCUGUGACGAAGCUGAUGCAUUCCUGAGGAGGAGAAAUGCGGAAAUAAUAAGUGAGGAUCUCCGUAGCACACUUAAUGCCUUUCUGUAUCGUACUGGUGAUCAGUCGAACAAAUUCAUGUUAGUGUUGGCGAGUAACCAGCCGGAGCAGUUUGAUUGGGCUAUCAACGAUCGUUUGGAUGAGAUGGUAGGGUUUGAUCUGCCAGGCCGUGAGGAGAGGGAGCGCAUGGUCAGGUUAUACUUUGAUAAGUAUGUCAUUCAGCCUGCUUCGCAGGGCAGGAGACGUCUGAAGAUUGGCACGUUUGACUUCAAUGAGAAAUGCAGUAAGAUAGCUGAAAUGACUGAGGGCCUGUCUGGAAGAGAGAUUGCUAAACUUGGAGUGGCAUGGCAGGCAACUGCAUUCGCUUCUGAGGAUGGCGUCCUUACGAGUGAGAUGAUUGACACUAAGGUGACGGAGAGUGUCAAACAGCACAAGCAGAAACGAGACUGGCACCAGAAGGAGGAUGCUAGGUUAGACAAACUAGAGAAGCUGCACAGUGUGACAUAGUGCCCUCUAUGGAGAUGGAGCUGACAAUGAUAGAGUAUUACAGAGAUUUAAUGGAUUGUGUUCCCCACGGCAUAUGUCUAUUUUCCCAUAUUGUAUUCCCAAAUAAAAAUCUCUUGGUAUGAAAAUUAAAUAACGGUGCUUUCUGGUAUCACAACCAUUAACCAUAGUCAUAUCAAGACAUUUUUUUGUUCAUGGAUGAAAUAUAUGGAUAAAUGUCAGACAUCGUAUGUUGUAUAGGCACAUACAUGGAAUUACCUGCCAAUGGUUAGGUAAGGGUGUUACAACAUGGAGGCAGUGUACCCUACAUUGAAAUUGGAUUGGUUGUAAGGCUGAUCGUGAAUGUACUGAAUGACAAAUGAAGUUCUAUCAGAAUAUACCAAAUGGUAUCUGCCAAACAGAUUUAAUAAGGAUUGUAUAGCUGCUGAGUAAUCCGCAAGAAGAGUGAAGAUCAAUAUGUAGUCCCAUUUAUGCAUAUGUGUGUGGUGCUUUUGUAGCAUCUAAGUUUGUUUUACAUUAUGCUGGUCCAAAAUUUUCAGAAUACUGUACAACCAGAAUUGAGGAACGUGUUUGCAUGCAUGAAAUGGAGUGGUUCUGAUUUGCAAGAGUUUCAUGUCACAAAUAUUUGAAUCACAAUUGACACAACACAAAAUUUGUCUAAUCCAAGCAGGUUUCUUGCUAUGAAAAUGGCUGCCCGUAACAAUUCAUGAAAAUGCCAUGCAGGGAAGUUUCUGGAUUUGAAGUUGAUUGUGCAUUAAAAAAUUGCAUAGUGACUAUUUAGCCACUUUUUCCUCAAAGUGGAAUUACUUAAAAAUAAUUUUUCUGAAUCUUCAUAUUGAUUAUUCCUUGAUAUCAAGCUCUUUAUGUCAUAAAAUGAGAAAUAGAAUUUAAUGAAGAUCGUAGAUAAGUCAGUUUAUGAAGUGCAAAGGAAAAUAUUGGUAUUCCAAACUGAUUGGUCCCUUUGUAAUGUGUAUUGUUGUAUUGCGAUCUCUAUAUUCUGAAAUGACCUUGACAUUGACUUUGUUGUGGUCGAUUUGUGAAAGAAACCUUAUUCAUUCAUUCAUUCUUUCAGAACACUUAACAUGUUUUUGUAACUCCUGAAUGAGUAUCAUUUUUAACACCAAUUGAUUAUAUAAUAUGCAUAGUUCAGCAUAACAAUGUGCAAGUACAUGAGUAUUUCAAACAUCUAUUAUGCAAAUACGCUGUACGACUCUGAAAGAUGUAUCUAAACUCUAUAAGGAUGUCACAUUUUAAAUGAGAGAAAGGUCUAUUCAUGGUAACAUCAAGCUUUUAUAUUAUUUUUCACGUUGAAUGAUUUAAUCCAAUCUGAAAAAAUCAUGUUAAUGAAUCUACCAGGAUUGUGUCAAUAUGAAUAUUCAUGAUAUAGUUAUGAUAUAUUGAUACAGUGAUUUUUAUUAUGUGGAGAAUGUUUUGCUGUUUGGGAAUGCUUAAUCUUUGUGAGGGAAAAGCAUUAUUUUGCAUUUUAUAAAUGCUAAAAUUCAUCCCUGUUUUACAAUUCUGUAUCCAGAUUAGUAUAUCAGGAGUGAUUGAUUAUUUGACAAGGUGAGAUUGGCCUUUUGUUACUGAACAUGUUGGUCCUUCAUUCUCAGAUUAAGCCCUUUAUUUGUAGUCAACCUUUGUUUACAUAUCUUGUUUGAACAUCUGAAGUUGUAGGCCUAUAUUGAGUUUAUAUGGCAUGAAUGAGCGAAAUCAGAUUUUGAGCCUGCCAAAAUGAUAUACUGACUGCUGCAUAAGAUAAUGUACAUUGGUUUAUCCUCUAAACUCUCAUCACUAUGCCGGGGCGGAUCCAGGAUUUUCCAAAAGAGGGGGGGGGGGGGGGGGAUGAAAUUGCGACCUUUAUGCCGUGUGGUCCGGCCAACUAAGGGCCUCAGAAAAUGUUGAACCUAAAGAUGCCCUAUGGUACAUUCCAUGGCAUAAUCUGAACAUUUAUGUGAAUAUUUCUUAGCCCAUACCCCCCCCCCCCCUGGAUCCGCCCCUGCUAAAACUCCAAUUAACAAAGAUAGAAAAAAGCAGAAUAUAUGUUUUUGAAACACGAUUGUGAUAUACGCUCCCCAGAAGGUUUUUGGUCUUCGUUUUUUUGCCUGUAUCUAGACCCUUUUUGCUACUUUUUAGUUUCACCCUUUCGACCAGCUGUAGUAAUAUGGUUGAUAAGACCAUGGUGAAAGUUUAAAUUACCAUUGAGAAUUCAGCCCCAUAUGGAAUGUACAUGUAAAUCUGUUAAUUAUCUAAAGUACAUACGCAGCGACAUAAUAAUUAAUAUAGUGAACAUUUGUAAUGACAAACAAAUUGACACUCCUGGCGCACUUGUGUGAAAAUUGUUGGCAUCAAAUGGUCAGAAAGACCAAGAGUUCAUAUUGGAUUAAUGAACCCCUUUCGCGGGAACUAUCGUGAUCAUGAAACUAUUGAAUUAUGAACCUUUCGAAAGAGUGAAUCUUAUGAAUAAUGAACGUCGCCUGUCCGAUCAGAUCUGAGGCUUUACUCAGUUCUCUGUCUACAACAUACAAGUAAAUUCUUUUAAUAAUGAAUGUUUCGUGUGACAAUUGGAUGGAUUUCCCCAGUAUUCCCUAGUGCUUGUCAGCAAUUUAAGUACAUUCGUUGCAUUGAUCUAUACCAGCCUAGUAAAUGAGAUCCAUUUUGAUCUUAUCAUAUCUCCUUUUUAUGAUAUAGUACAUACCAUGAAUUACAAAGUCAAAUUGUAAAGUAUUUACCUCUAUAAUAAUGUACUUUCAUAAGUUCUAUAUGAAAUAAAGAUAUUAUUGAAUCAUAAUUGAUUUUAUGAUACAUGAUUUGAAA